GUCAGGCAUUUCUACAAACACUUGAUCAACACUCUCGUUGAGAUCAAUCUCAAUGUCAAAUCAACUUAUCAAACCUCCAACCAACUUCACCAAAUUAUUCAAAAAUCUUUACUACGUAGCCUCGCAUUUACGAUUGAUGACAACGAGCAGACGAGUUCAAGACCGAAGCCAAAAGAAACGAGUACACGCCCUCGAAGUCGCAGUCGAAAAGCACAAAAUCGCCUCAAAAAUCUUGUUUCUGUUGGAAUUAUUAAAGCAUGAGCCCGAACAAAUCAUACCCAUAAGGUCUCUUGAUCAACACAGGCGUCCACUCAACUUGCCAAAACCCCACAAGAUAUCAGACUUUAUUCGGAAAUCGCCAAAGUUGUUCGAGUUGUACAAGGACCAAAGGGGUACAACGUGGGUUGGGUUAACGAAAAAAGGUGAAGAAUUGAUUGAAGAAGAAGAGAGAUUAAUAGGAGACAAUGAAGAAAAAGCUGUUGAGCAUGUAACAAGGUUGCUGAUGAUGUCAGUGGAAAAGAUUCUACCCUUGGAUAAGAUCGCACAUUUUAGAAGAGAUUUGGGUUUGCCCUAUGAUUUUAGGAAACAAUUGGUGCAUAAAUAUCCAGACAUUUUUCAAGUUCUUAAGAAUGAAGAUGAUGUUGAGUUUUUGAAGCUAGUUUCUUGGAAUCCAUCAUGGUCUGUUACUGAAUUGGAAAAGAAGGUUUUGGGUAUCACGAAAGCUGACGAUCAUGUUCCCGGCAUGCUUUCGCUUCCAUUUCCAAUGAAAUUCCCUCCUGAUUACAAGAAAGUGUAUAGAUAUGGUGGGCAGAUUGAGAAUUUUCAAAAAAGGGAAUAUCUCUCUCCUUAUGCAGAUGCUAAGGAGCUCAAAGCUGGAUCGGUGGAGUUCGAUAAGCGAGCAAUAGCAGUAAUGCAUGAGGUGUUAAGCUUUAUGAAUGAGAAACAAUUGGUUACUGAUCAUUUAACUCACUUCAGAAGAGAAUUUGUGAUGCCCCAGAAGCUGAUGAGGAUAUUAUUGAAACAUUUUGGGAUCUUUUAUGUUUCUGAAAGAGGGAAAAGAUUUCGGGUUUUCUUGACAGAAGCUUAUGAUGGGUCUGAAUUGAUUGAGAAAUCCCCAUUGGUAGUUUGGAAGGAGAAAGUUGUGAAUCUUACUGGGUAUAGAGGAAGGAAGAAAAAGAUUGAAACUUUUGAUGAUUUGCCUGAUUUGGAAGAUGAUGAUUUAUUUGAGAGUGAAUCCGAGGAUGAUAACGUUAUUCGAAUCGAUCAAUCUUUCAAAGAAGAGGGUACAAUGAGUGAUCUUGAAGAUGAAUUGCUUCCACAAUGCUCUGAGAUGGAGAUGGAGAUUGGAGAAGUUCAGAAAGCUUAUAAAGAUAAGUAAACAUUUGAAGGUUAUAAAUCUUGUGUUCUUUUUGCACUUUUAGUUAGUGAUUUAACAUAAUUUUAGCAUACUUCUUGUUAAAUUAGUUCAACCUCACCUAAGAAAUUCUUCAUUAUGAAGCAUAGUUGUUUCAUUACUAUUCUAGACAAAAUUAAGUUGAGGUGGAAUAUUUGGUUUAUUUACAAUCAAAUCAUUGUUUUUGUGAA